GUCACUUGCGUCCUCUCUUCACUCAAGAUGAAACUCCUUCUGCUGGUCACUCUGUUCGCAGCAGGCGCUACUGCACACAGCAUCAGCCGUCGGGCUCUGUGGCAGUUCCGCAAUGUGAUCAAGUGCACCAUCCCCGGGAGCAAUCCCUUGUUGGAAUACAACAACUAUGGCUGCUUCUGUGGCUUGGGUGGCUCAGGCACCCCCGUGGACGAACUGGAUAGGUGCUGCCAGACUCACGACAACUGCUACACGCAGGCCAAGAAGUUGAAGGACUGUAAAGUCCUCAUUGACAACCCCUACACCAACUCAUACUCAUUCAAGUGCUCCGGGAACGUGGUCACCUGCAGCGCCAAAAACAACGCCUGUGAGGCCUUCAUCUGCAACUGUGACCGUGAGGCCGCCAUCUGCUUCUCCAAGGCUCCCUACAACAAGGAGAACAAAGGAAUUAAGUGCUAGAUUUCUCACCCCAGUUACUGACUUCACCACCCCUGCCUGCCUGACUGUGUUCACUACACACUCUGCCCUCCAAUAAAGCACCUCCUGGAA